AUGUCAAACCACCAAAACAAUCCAUCAUCCUCAAUUCCACCAUCUUCUAUAUCCGAAUUUCAAACUUUAUUCUCUGAUCUCCUAACGCCUGCUUUGGUCAAUGAUCCAAACGAUUCUCAAUAUAAUUUAACAUCCUCCCCUAUCAAUCCUAUCAAUCCUCAUCAUCAGCUAAUCAAUCCAUCUCAACCUUUAUCACAAUUCAAUACUUCUAUCAAUCCUCAAAUUCCAAUGCCAAAUCAUUCUCAUCAUUCCAUAAUCACCAAUCCUGCUUCGAUCUUUGAUUCUCCAAAAAUCAACCUUCAACCUGAACUUCAGAUUGAAGAAGCUCAAGCCUCAGGUCCUCUCAUGUUUCGUUCCUUUGAUCCCUACCUUAAAGCUCCGGAUAACGAGUUUCACAAAUCAGCUUCAAAUUCACUUGGAUUUGAUCCACUUCGAGUGAAUCAGAUCCCUCAAAACAAUCUACAACAUUCAAUGAUACCAUCUCAAACACAUUCCAAUCCAUUGGAAAUCCAUCCUACUCCUUUACACCUAGCACCCUAUCCACCUAUCAUCACUCAAGUCAACCAAAUCGAUCAUAGUAGAUCAGCAGCUGGACAUCAUGAUCUGUUUGUUCCUGGAUUGUUUUCCAACACUCCUAGUCCUUCUACUUCCAGGACCAUCACCCCUCAAAAUCACCAUCAAUCCAUCCAAUCUAUUCAAAAUCACACGACACCCUUCCCCACCAGUUCAAUGAACCCCACUUCUAGACCAACAGACGGCUCUAAUCCGAUUCACGAUAGGGUAGUCGCUGCUAGAAAUCAUGAAGGGAUAUAUGGUAUCAGUAGAGAAGUGGGUGGAAGGACGUACAGAGAGUACCAAUGUCAACACUGUCCACGUACCUUUUCCCGACCAUCUACUUUAAUUCAACAUGGCCGUGUACAUACCGGCGAAAAGCGUGAGCUGAAAAUGGGAAUGAGCUCAACACACUCGAGUCUGUUUCGAAGAGUUUCUUUGGUUCAAGGGUAA